UGGCUUGUGGACAAAUUCGGCCUUUGGAAUCCCAACCGCGUUCCUGUUAGCAUGAGAAGAAUCGUGGUUGGAUUGAAAGGGUUUUAACGAGCAAAUUCACCUCUCUUUCAGAUCGAGCCAGCUUUUAGAAACAUGGCGACGUGAAGAAUUUUCUGUGUGGUUUAUCAAAUGGUGUAAUGAUGACGAGGAUCCAAACGUUUAUGGCUUAAGUUUUAGCGGAAAAACUAGAAAAUGAAAGCUAGCGGUGGUUGUAAUCCAGGUGGUAAAGACAGAAAACGCAAGAUUUGCGACCAGGUGACGGAACAAGAGAGGACAAAAGUUCCACAGAGUGCAUCAAGGCGGCACAGAGAAAAGAUAAACGCAACCUUGGAGGAGCUUGGCAGUCUUCUCCCAUUGCCAGAAGAUGCCAGAUCAAAAUUGGAUAAACUGACAGUUUUGAAACUAUCUGUCAGCUUUUUCCAAACUCAAAAUUAUCUACAGUCUGGGAAGAGAAAGAGGGGAGUGGAUGAUGCAUCUGUUAGUGACAUAACCAAGAAACUUGAAGAGUUGAACAUAAAUGUCAGUGAUAUUUCAUUGGAGGCUUUGGAUUCCUUUUUCCUGGUUCUGUCAGAUUCUGGAGAUGUCUUCUUUGCCUCUGAGAAUGUGUAUAGAUAUCUUGGAUACACUCAGACAUAUUUGAUGCACCAGAACUUCUUAAAUUUUGUACACCAGGAAGAUGUUGUAGGAUUUGAAAGAUGCCUACGACGGUCUGCAAGAGCUAGAAUAAUUGAGUUGGAAAAUGGAACAGGGCUUGAUUGUCAAGAACUGGAAGAUCAACCAAUUCCUCAAGUGUGCUUCUGCAGCAUCAAGUGCCAUGCUGGAAGACAGUCAAGCCAUGUUAGUCCAUUUUACUACAGGUCAUUUAAAUUUGACGGUAAAAUCAAGCCACUACUGAAUGGAAAGAAGAAGCAGUUUGGAUUUUUUUCCCUUGUGACUCCAGUCAACCCCGCUAAUCCAUUCACCAGUACUCCUAAAGAGUUGCUUCAGUCGUACAGUUGUAAGAUGGCACUGGAUCUCAGAAUACGCAAGCUUGACACAAGAGGACAGAAAUCUUUGUAUUAUCCUGAUAAGGAAGCUGUAAAUAUGACUGGCUACAUGGUUGCUCAUCCUGAUGAUAUUCCAAGUCUGUUGUUGGCCCACCAACAAAUUACAGCUACUGGAGUGUGUGAAAUAGUGUUCAGGCUGAAGAAUGGUCAAGGAGUAUUCCAGUGGAUCAGAGGAAAGGCGAGGACUCUGUAUGAUAAGAAUAACCAGCCAGAAGCUAUCACUGCUGAUAAUGUUCUUUUGAACGAUGAACAAGGACCUUACUUCAGAAAGGUUUGUUAUGAAGCGCUCCUUGAAUGGAAGUCUCGUCAGAAGGGUCUUCCUUCACCUCCCGGUGAGGAGGACUACAAUUCACGUCUGAGGGAAAUUGCUCAAGAGAAAGGGCUUAAAACACCUUCACCACCACAAGGGAAUGGACUUCCAACUGGUGCUGUUCCUCCAUCUGUUCCUCCUCACGUACAAAAUGUACCAGAUGAACCACGCCCAGUGGAUUUGCCGUAUGCAGCAGACAGAUCAUAUCCCCCACCCGUACCAAACGGACGACUUCCACAAGGCAUAACAGGUGCACCAAGUGGGGCACACACAGGGAUACCAACAACGUUGGCUGGAUCACUCUCGUCAAACAGACCCGUUCCAGCUUCAGUGCCAUGUCUGGCUACCUCCAGGGAAAGCGGUAGCAUAAGUGGGCAAGGAAUUACUGUCAUACCUGAUGAAGUGUUACUGGACGACUCCAAAGACAUCGAAAUUAUUGAUUUUGCCAAUCCGACCACUGUGGCAGAACCAAGCGGUCCUAAAGUGCCAACGUUUGACCUGACUUCAGGUUCAUCAGAGUCGUGUAUGUUUAGGUCUGCACACCUGAACAGGCAGCCGUUAGAGGUGAAGCCAAAUUUGGCACACAGUGGAACUGGUCACAACUUCAAGACGGAAAACAGGAAUGAUUCAACUCAUGUGUUCUCGAAACGGAGUAAGUCGGCUCAUGAACAGAUCCAUCGCAUCAAACAAUUCCUUAUGGGCGAGGAAGCAAACUCUUUAACGCAUCUACCUCAGGCUGAUAGCACCGUUUAUAUAAAUGGGGGAAGUAUUCACGAUGUCCCUGAUCCUUGGGCCGGUUACCCUGUUGACACAUCACCAGUUCUACCAGAGGUUAACUUCCCUGAUGACGAUGAUGAAUGUUUAGUGAACUAUCCCCAGGCACUGCAGAGGGAAAUGCGGCCAACUUAUCAACCAAACGAAUACACUUUAUCUGAGAUUGUCCAAGGCAAUGUUACGAGCACGCAGUUCGUUGGAACUCGACAACCCGACACAGACAACUUAAUUUAUCCGUUUUUACCAGAUACGAGUAGCGUUAGCCAUGGGAAGCCUUCAAACGCCUUUGUUAACGGCAUGGGCAAGCGGGAUAUUCAUCUGAUACCAACAACUAUAGAUGGCUUGCCACCACCAUUGCACAAUGGGCAGGAGUUUAAUCCGGCAUUCCGUUCUCCUGAGGGGACCCUCCCUCAGUCGCAUCCGCCAAGAUAUCAACAUAAUCACAACGGACUACACCUCCCUCAAAGGGGUGUUGGUUUUAACUCAGUGAUAGGUUCUACUCCUGCAAACCAGUAUUCUCUUGACUUAAUGCUUAACUCCAAUACCUCAAGUGUGCCAAGACAAGACACCAGCCUGUGGUACUCAUCACCUAAAACUACUAAUCUGGCUCAGAAUAUGCCCCCAACAAUCGACGAUAUGCCAAGCGUAGAUGAACUUACGCCAAGCUUGUAUGCGAACCCAACCAUGGCUCCUUACGCUAACCCUACACAGUUUCACAAUAGACAUAUCUCCGAAUCUGUCCAACCAACCAAUGCAUUUCAUCCUUCGAAUGGUAUGCAUUUAAACCAGCCCGGUGCAAAUCAGGGCUUUCAAAAGCAAACUUUUCAAAACGAACCCGGAGAUGCGAAGAAAGUGGAUCCAAACUUACAACAAGGUGGAAAUAGCUUACUUAGAAUGAUGCUUACCCUAUAACUAGAGAGUUGAAGUUACUAGGUUGUUUGUAUGAAGAUAGCGCGGCAGGGAGCGGACGUCCUAUCCUGUUUCUGAGCAUCCGAGAGAUGCGUGACCUUUCGAUGCGUUUGCGGUUGCUCCACUUCAAACGGAAGCUAGUUAGAGCAUUUUUCAAUUGACUGUCAAAAGCUGAAACAAAAGUUAUCACAAAGGCCCAUUGAGAACUCACAGUAAAUACAGGCAAAUUACAAAAAGCGCGGGAAAAUACGGGUGACGAAGCCACGAUUUAUAUUGAUGUUGCGUCUGAUUGGUUAAAAGGAUGGAACGAGUUUCCUGGACCAACCACAGAACAAGGUAAAGCAAAAUCGAAGUAAUCCCAGAUUGCUAGCGACACUCUUUUGAAAAUUGCUCUAUGUGUAAAGCAACAGAAAUACUUUAUUAUGUGGCAAAGCUUACUUGCUACCAAAUAAGUCAGCAGUCGUAAAUUUUCACCCCAGCUCGAAGUUAAUCGAACGACUUCAUAUUACCGAGUCGGUUAUUUGUCGAUCGACAUCGAGCUGUCCAGUGCUCUUAGGUAAAAUUUCGGGAAAAGUUCUGUCGGAGCUCGGUAGCCAGUUGGAAUGUUCGUAGUGUCUUUUCGGUAUCUGGUCAACUUAAGAGUACGAGGGAUUCAGUAGUAAAUCGGUAAAGUGACCUCAAACGUUGUAUUUUAUCAGUGGGAUCUCUUUGAAGUGACUUUGAUAAAAAAAAGCGAUAGUUCGUCAAAGUUUUCAUUCGGUUGGUCGGAGUAUUUGCACGAUCAUCGAUCGAUCAAACAUCGAGGUAUCCAUAGUUCGUCUUCAAAUUUUCGGCAGCUUUUCAGUGGCUAUCAGGCAGAUGACGAAGAGCUUAAUACAUUAAUAGGAUUUUUUAGAAGAAGAGUUUUCCCGCUAAAUAGAAAGUCUAUCUUAAUUAGAAAUUAAUGUCUUGAAUUAUUUCGUUUACAAGUUUUACAAGCACAUCGUAAUAUGAUCGUAACUAAAUUGUCUCGCUACCAUAUAAAUUAAUUCACAAUAGUUUGCGCCAGUGUGGAUUAUAUAAGAUAAAUGUAAUGAUAAAAGACUACGUAAAACUAUUUUGGUCGGGUAAAUGAGCACUAGUAAGCUAAAAGCAAAUUGAAAAGUAACUAGGACAGAUGAAGAUUUAAAAGAUAAAUCAGAACGAACUCGAGACAUGAUAGCCUUAUGAGAUUAAACACCAGAGCCCAGUUGUUCGAAGGUCGAUUGGCGCUAAGCCAGGGUUAAAUUUUUAAUCCAGGUUUCUAUAUUUCUCUGUUCAAAAGCCGUUUUGGGAUAAUGUUCCCAAUUCUUUUCAGAGCAUUCAACCAUCAAAUUGUAGACAAAUGGAAUUGAACUGAAUUUUCGUCUAAAGCUUUCAGAUCUGAAAUCAAAUUUCACACUAUC